UGUCGACAACUAAUUUUAAGAAUGACGUUAUUUCCACAGUUUUCGUAGACCGCCGGUAGGAUUGCACGGCUUAAACGAUUUUCUAUUUAAUUGCACGUGAAUAAUAUAAAUAUACAAAAAAAACAUGUCGUAUUAUCAACAACGGAAUGUCGGACCGCUACCUCCUCCAGCAUUGUCAUCAGACAAGCUACGUCUGUACCAUGUGGACAUGAAUCCGUAUGGACACAGGGUACUGCUCAUCUUGGAGGCUAAGAAAGCGAAGUAUGAGGUUUAUAAGCUGGACCCCCUCAGCCUGCCUGAAUGGUUUAGAACUAAAAAUCCUAGAUUAAAAAUACCAGUGCUAGAAAUACCGACGGAAUAUGGCGAUAAGUACCUGUUUGAAAGCGUCGUGAUUUGCGACUAUUUAGACGAGAAAUACACCAGGAACCAACUUCACUCGCGGGAUCCUUAUGUCAAGGCACAGGAUAGGCUGCUUAUUGAGAGAUUCAAUGAGUUAAUCAAAGGCAGUUUGGAAUGUUUCGACACUAACUUCGCGUUUGGUAGCGAGCAAAUAAUCCAAACUUUAGACAUUUUCGAAAAGGAGCUGGCUUUAAGAGGUACGAAUUACUUUGCUGGUAAUCGACCAGGGAUGUUGGACUAUAUGAUCUGGCCUUGGGUGGAACGGCUGUACCUCCUCCGAUGCGUCAACCAGAGGAAAUUCGAUGAGAAACGAGGAUUGUUCCCUAAUUUCGCCGAUUGGGGUGACCAGAUGCAGCUUGACGAUGUUGUAAAGAAACAUGCAAUUUCACCACAGGAGUAUUUUGAUUAUUACAAAAACGCAAGAACCCAUUCUAUGGGUUAUUAUUUAUAAAUCGGUUAACAAUAGAAUAAUAAUAUUUUAAAAUACCGUACCGUGAUUUUGAUAUGGGUAGUAUUUUAAUAUCAGCAUUAAACGCCAGUGACUAGAAAUUAUCAAAAAGGCCCGAUAUCAUCUGCCUAGCCUUUGCCCAACUAUGUUGGGGUCGGCUUCCAGUCUAACCGGAUGAAGCCUAGUACCUCUGAGUACCAGUGUUUUACAAGGAGCCAAUGCCUAUCUGACCUCCUCAACCCAGUUUCCCGGGAAAACCGAUACCCAAGAAGCAAGAAGGCCCAAUAUCAAGCAUUUAUUUCAAGACAAUUUUGUGAUUUGACAUUUCUGAAAUGUCAGUGUCAAAUUACUGCGAGUUAUUUGGGCGCCAAAAUUAAAAUGGAAAUAAGUGAUUGAUUUUUCACUUAAAAAAUGUAUUAAUUACUUAUGUGUAGUGGGUGCUUUUACAUAUAGUUAAGUUUAUAUACAUAGUAGGUAAACUUUAUACACGGUCCUCAGUUAUAAGUACCCUAUUUACCUAUCCAUAUUAAAGCGCUCCUAGACGGUCAAUAUAAUUGCGCAAUAUUAAGAUAAACAUUUUAUUCGCUAAAAACACGGAGAACAAAAUGACUAGCGGAGAUGUCAUAACAGAAAAUCUCCUUGGAAAGUGACUCGCCAAAAUGCGUGUAUGCGGGUGGCAAGGAACGUUACAGUCUUCGCCCUAAUUCACCCUUUUGGAUCCCUACUCAUUUCUAGAUGUCUCAAAGAACUUGAACGCCUCGUUAGUUCACACGUAACUGAUCGUUUAGGUUUUUGACCGAGAAAGUGGCUCUAGAACUGCCUGCCUUAUGGCAUCUCCGCUCAUCUUUCCGUACUCCGUAGCUUCAAAUCAUUGCGCAAUCUUCAAUAUUUACAGUAAACCUCAAAAAAGUUGCGCAACUUAACUUAAUAUUGCACUAGGGACCGUCUAAUCCCGGCUUGUAUUUGUAUAGCCCUAAAUAUAUUUGCACAAUUAAACUAAUUAGGAACUUUAACUUUUCAAAAUAGUCAAAAUUACUUUUUAAAUGCAUCGAAGUCAUAAUAAUUAAGUUGUAUGUUUAUUUGUUUUUUAGGGAAAAUAAUCUCUUUUGCGUAAAGGUCCGUUUUUAAUGCUUGCUGUCGACUCGAUAUCUGAGGGCGACUGCACGUGCUGCUGCCGCUUCGAUACUAAACGGUUUCAUGUAAAUACAAACAAACCAGUAGUGCAGCUGCGGCAGACUUCAUGCAGACGCGGCAUGUGCGGUCGGCAGCUAGCAUUUAAAACGUGCAACAAUUUAGCGCGAGCUUCAAAAUUCGAUUUUUUUUGUGGCAUUUUAUAAAGCAUUUAAUUAUUUCUGUUUACAUAGUUUUAAGUAUUACUUUGUAAAAAAUGUACUUACCUACCUUAGGGUAUUAUAUACCUAUGUUAUUUUUUAUUUAUAUAUUUGAAGAUCUGUUUUUAGUUUAAAGAGUAUUUUUGUUGAACAUGGGUAUUAACUAUUAAGUUACGUUUUGGAAGCGAACUGCCGACCGCACGUGCAACGGCUGUAUGAAGUCGGUCGAUAUCUGAGGGUUUCAUGUUAAUACAUACAAACCAGCAGUCAUGGCGGCAGCUCGCUUCCAAAAAAUACCUUUAUCUUCUAUUUUUAUAGAACGUGAAUUACUUUACUUUUUUAACCGACCUUCGAAAGAAGGAUGUUCUCAAUUCAUCGGUAUCUUUGUUUUUUUUUUAUUAUUGUUAUUUGUUCUUUUAUUACUCCAAAACGUCGGAAUCGAUUUGUAAAAUUCUUUUUUUAGUAACAAAUAACUGAUUGGAACAAAAAUAAAAUAAAGCCACUUAACUCCUGUGA